UGUUGGUUCUGUCUUCUGAGAAGAGGCUCUGUCUGCACGUGGAAAGAACAGUGUGUCGGGAAGAUCUGCCCUCCGGGGAGCAGGGCGCCCCACCGGACAGCCUCGCAGUCCUGGAAGAAUCUGAGCACCGCCUGCCUCAGCCUGCUUUGCCCCACGCAGUGCAGGCUGGUGCAUGCGCACUGGCUCUCAGUCCGACCCUCCAGUCCUUGCGGUCACGCCUCCCUCCUGACAGCGCCGGCUCCGUGCAGCAGGGCACAGCCACGCUCCUGUGGGUCGGAGACCAUGGGCAACUCGCUCCUGCGCGCGCUCUGUUGCAUGGGAAUGAGUCCAGAGAAGAGCAGAAAAGAGAAUCCAAAUGUGAAAAGGACACGGCCGGAAAUGUCCACAUCUGAAGAACUUCAAGGUCCAGAUAAGAAAAGUAAAGAAUUUCCAUCCUCUUCUUAUCAGGAGGAGACCAGCAGUGGCUUAGAGGAAGUAUGCUACACUGUCAUUGACCACACAGCCCAUUGGCGGCCAUCCCUGAACUCCAACGACCACAGCUAUGAGAACCUGGACGCCACCAGGAAUGGGGACAGGUUCCUCAGGGAGGGCUCGGAGACGGAAUACGCCCUGCUCAGGACCUCUGUGGAGGUCUCCUCAUCCUGCUCACCUGAGCAGGACUACGAGCUUGUGCUCCCACACUGACUCGAAGGCCGAGGCCACCCGCCAGGCCAGAGGUGCAGGUCACAGGCCUGGGGCAGCUGGCCGGCCCUCGAUCUGCCACCUAGAGCUCCCUGGUGCCAUCGCUGUGGCCUGGGGAGGCACAGACACGGACUUGGUGACUACCAGCUCUGGGUUUCUCUCAAAUGUCGGGGGCACUGAGUUGGCGAGAACUCCCCGGAACAGUAAGGAUGCACAGACCCGAGACCCAGCUUCCCCGCUUUCCUCUCGAAUGCAGAUGCCAGCGACUCUCACUCAGGACUGGCUUCCUCUCUGAAGUCUAAUAAUACACUGUAAGACUACAAGGCCAGGGGCCAGACUCUGCUAUCCUGAUGAUUAAUCGUGUCUUUGUGUGGAAUGGAGAGUCUUGUUUUGUGGUCAGAGCUCAAGAAUCAGUUCUUUCAGCGCUGUCCUUUGUGAGAGGAGGCACUAAAGGGAAUCCCAUGGACCCUCACGUUUCUGUUCAGUAGUGAAUUGGAGCAUUCUGUUCUCAGUAGCAGAAAAUGAAAAAUGUAAUAAACUUGGUUCACAACAUAGAUUAGAUACCUCUUCUGAAGGAACAGCGUCUGGUUUUAAAAUUCCAGAAAUCUGGUGACUAAUCCAUCUAUUUUUAUUGUCCCAAUGAAGUUUUAAAUUAUAUUCAAACUUCCUAGGAAAUAAGUACCCAAAGGUCUUAAAAUGCAUAGCAUUUGCAAUGUGUUUCUCUGUAGUUAUGAG